UCCUGAGCUGCUGUGGCUGCCGGCAACCCUGAGUUGUGCAACACUCAGUGUGAAAGCACCACUAUGCUUAAAAAUUUUCCUCCUCACCCCCGGAUUCCACUUCCCCAUCUGCCAGGGCUGCUUAUAAAGAGCAGGGGAGAUGGCUUCCCACUGCAGAAGGACACAGGCAGCAGCGAGUGCCCAGUCCCACCCCGGCUCUGCUGACACUCCAGGCCACCCUCCGUCCGCUCAGCGUCAUGAAGGUGCCCGCGGCUGCCCUCGCCAUCCUCCUCUGCGCCAUGGCCCUCUGCAGCCAGGUCUUCUCUGCGCCAUUUGGUGCUGACACCCCAGCUGCCUGCUGCUUCUCCUACGGCCGGCAGAUUCCUCGGAAAUUCAUAGUCGACUAUUUUGAGACCAGCAGUCAGUGCUCCAAGCCUGGUGUCAUCUUUGAAACCAAAAGGAGCCGGCAGGUCUGUGCUGACCCCAGUGAGGACUGGGUCCAGGAAUACAUCAACGACCUGGAGCUGAAUGCCUGAGGGGCCUGGGAGCUUUGAGAAACCCAGUGACCUCAGUGCCCAACCAGGCAGCAGGGUCCUGAGCCUUGGAAACACCCCAUCCCCUCCAGAGCUACCUCUCCUGUGCACUGUGCACAAAAACAGCCACACUCUCGGGCUCAUUCCUAACUUAAAUAGCAACUUAUUUAUAGUAUUUAAUUUUUUAUAAUUUAUUUUCCAUGUUGCACUGUGUCUGGGACCGUUUGCUCUGAGAGGUCCCAGGACACCUUCAUCACCGCCCUUCCCUUCCCCCUUCACUUGCGUGGUGGUGAGAUGCCUUGUUCGAGGCAGAGAUGGCAUUGAUGCCCCCAAACUGACAAUUGUGUGUUGGAUGUUCCUGCCCAGUGAAAUAAUAAAGACGCUCUUUGAAA